AUGCUACAUUGCUUUACUCAAGCAGAUAGGUUAAAGACCUUGAUCGAGAGGAAGCGUCAAGAUGAAGUCGAUGCCAUUGCCGCCGCUGCCAAUGCUGCCGCUGCCGAAUUUGCCUCAAGAAUGCCCAUUGUCGAAGAUCUUGAUGCACCCAGAGUAGCCGUUGUGCCCCAGGAAUCACUAUCUGAUAGUGAUCGUUCAUCAGAUGAUGAGCCAGAACAACCCAAAACAACCGUGUUGAUCAAGAAGUAUGAUAUCAAACAUGGACAGACUGGAUGCUCUUACCAAAAAUUGUUUGGAAAUCACUUGAUUGGCGCAAAGCUGAUCAAGAUAAGAGAUCCCUACUUCCGUACCGACUACCAACUCGAGAACCUCGUCGAGCUCCUCAAGGUGAUAGCGGCAAACAAGAAACCCGAACAACAAUUGAGGAUUAGACUGGUGACCUUUGCCAAGAUCGCCUCUGAGAAGAUUGAAAUUACGUCAAACUUACAAAAAAUCAGGAUAUGGAUGGCGAAUAAUGACAUUGACUUUGCCUACAAGUUCUCCACCACUCUUCACGAUCGAUCUAUCGAGACUGAUACUGGUGUCACUAUCAGACUUGGUAGAGGCUUGGACUAUUUCCAACAUCUUGCAAAAGACGGUAAUGAAGACAGUAGACCCUGUAAAGCCACCAAUAUCGAAAUCUACAAGACUAUUGAUGGCCAAAUUGUACCAAACAGGGUACUCUGA